AUGACAUCUACAGUUCAUAAUGACUGUCAAACAGCGAAAAAACGUCUUUUAAAAGAUCUUGUUCAACUUCAGUCGUUGACUCUGCAGGAUGGUGCGACAGCAGCACCAUUGAAUGAAUCAAAUCUAUUCGAAUGGCAAGCAAUGAUUACCGGACCCGAAGAUACACCAUUCGAAGGUGGUCUGUAUGAGUUACAUCUAUCUAUCCCAUGUGAUUAUCCAAUACACGCUCCAAAAGUUUCGUUUAAAACCGAAAUAUUUCAUCCGAAUAUCUACCAAAAUGGAGAUGUUUGUAUAGAUAUAUUACAAACUCAAUGGAGUGAAGUGAUGAGCAUUGACAAAAUCUUGAUUUCAAUUCGAAGUUUGCUAAACGAACCGAAUGUCAAUAGUCCAGCGAAUGCCGAAGCGGCUCUUCUAUACAAAGAGCAUCGAAAUGAAUUCAAUCGUCGAAUACGCAAUGACAUCGACAAACAAUUACAGUCCUGUAACGAAUCCAAAUAA